UUCACCGAGCCGCUGCUGUAACUCGUGACUGUCAGACAGCAUCAUGGCGUGAGUUUAUUAAUCCUCAUAAACUCACAGAAACAACAGCAGACAUGUGGAGGAUUCAGAGUUUGGUGGGCAGAGUGUUGAGCCGUUGCCAUGGAAACGCUCCGCUGCGGCUCUCGCAGGGUCAUCACGUGGAGGACGAGGUCCUCAACUCCUCCAUCCUGAGCAGCGGACGACACGCGUCUGACAGCAGCAGUUCUCACAGUUCUCACGAUCAGAAAAAGAAGCGGACAUCUCAGUUCUGCUACACUGGUCUGCCGAGAUACACCGCUCUCGAUGCAGUGGGAUGGGGCGCCGCUGCGGUUCUCUUCAUGCAGCUCUGUCACAGGAUUCACUCUCGGCUGUCCUCGCACGCGGAUCAGAACCCUGGACCGGCCCGGAUACGGAAAUGCUCCUACAAAGUCCUGAUUGACAUCUUGUCCAGGCCGAAUGCUUUAUCCGACGGUGUGAUGGUGAAAUGCCUGCAGACCCCAGACAGCGGCUCCAGUGACCGUAGUCAUGGUAACGGUGAUGGAGACGCCACCUCUGACCUGCAGACGGCGCACAGCUCUGAUGACCAGCAGGAGGAGCCGGAGAGCGCCGCGUCACACUGCGAUGAAGAAACUCUUUUUCCUGAACAACUGAAACCAGAGGAAGGUGUUUCUCUCGAUGCAGCAGCGCAGAAUUUGCAAAGCGUGGCAGACGCCAGCGUUCCCGUAAUCCUCAACAUCAUCGGUCUAGAGAGCGCGAGAGCGGGCGCCUACGAGACGGCCUUCUCCUGUUUUCUGGCCUCGGCGCAGCACGACUACAGCAAAGCUCAGUUUAACCUGGGAGUUUGUUACGAGAAGGGACGAGGAGCGCAGACGGACCUCAGCAAGUCUCCUGUGUCUCUCUGUCUUCAGGCUCAGGUGUGUCUGGGUGUGGUUUUGUCUCAGCGUCCGGACUGUGAUGAGAAGAAGUGUGUUCAUUAUUUCAGGAUGGCGGCUGAGAGCGGGGACGCCGCGGCUCUCGUGUGUCUGGCUCAGUGCUACGAGACAGGUUUCGGCGUGUCUCCGUGUGUCCAAACCGCCGUCAGUCUGUAUCAUCAGGCAGCAGCCAGAGGAAACCAGCGGGCCAGAGACGUUCUGAGAGACAGACACAGCCGAGACGUGCUGCGCUCGAUCCGAUCGGCUCCUUGCUUCUCUGUGAUUGGCCAGCUGAAUCUCAACUCCAUGUUUCCUCAAGAGAAGCCCCGCCCACAGCAGCGAUCUGGCUGCCAAUCACAGCCGCUUCCUCAUUCCUGGAGCACAGGAAGUCUGAGUGUGUCGCUUCAGAUGCUCAGUGCUGAAAGCAGCCGCAAGGUUUGGACGCUCGGGGUGCGAUAGCGUGAUCAAUUCACCUCUCAUCUCAUAAUCACAUAAAGCAGCUUAUUUGACCGAUACAAACGCAUGCACAAGCAUGUAGCCAUUAGAAACGCACACAGAAACUGCCUGAUCUGACCGAUGAAUGUUCUCAGCCAAUCAGAGCAGAGCUGGAGAGUUCCGAGCUCAGUGAUUGGCUGGUUAGGAUGUCAUAGAUUAUUCAUGAGCUUUCGUUUCAGCCACUAAAUAUAUUUUGCCAGUGGGAAGUGUUUGGUUUUGUAUAUAUAUAUAUAUAUAUAUAUAUAUAUAUAUAUAUAUAUAUGUGUUUGGUUGUGGAGAGAACGUCUGAAUACAGUGGAAUGAGUGUUUUUAUUGAGCGUGUAGAAAGGGAUGUGCCAGAGUAAGCUUAUCUUUAUAUUUUUCUUCUGUAUAAUCGUGUCUUUAAAAUGUCUUAUGGAGGUCACUUUGUGUCAUUUUCUUGUUUUCUGUGCUAUUCGGACACAUUGUUUACGUGAUUAUAUUAAAACAGUAAGCUCACAUAUUCAUUCAGAAGCAGAAGAAUGAUCGGUUAUCAAAAAUUAACAACAAAACCAUGUGAUCGGCACCGUUUAAUGCUAAAUUAAUCACAUGUGUGCCAAAGGUUUAAUUAACAUGUGCCUUAAUCAGAUGUGCAGUUUAUGGAAAGCCAGUGGUAUUUUACGAACCUCAAUAUCAGAGCUAGAACUUUGUGUUGUUUGUAUGUAUCUUGUAUCUUUGUAUGUUUAGUAUUAUGAGGUUUAUUGAGUGUCAUCUCACCUUAAAACACUGUCUAAACUACAAUAAAGACUUAUGUGUUUUUAACUUUGU